GAUAACCCUCAGCACGAAGCAGCUGAAGAAGAAACCUCACCCUUGGAACCUUAAGAAGAGGAAGAAGAAGAAGAGAAAUCGAAUCCUUCCCAUGGCGGUCUCUACUGUAUCUUCGCUUCUGUUACCAUCUUUCGUCAUUCCAAGCUCUUCGCCCUCUUCUACCAAACUCAAAGUCUCUCUCCUACAACCUUCGCUGUUUUCGUCUUCUUCUACCCACUGCGGCCUUACUUCCUCCGUCCUUACCAAACCCUCCCUCUCGUCUACCAAGGUCUUCGCAGUUUCCGAAACCUUAGAUCCUACUCCUGAAAUUCUCGAUGAGGUUCCGAGCUCUUCCUCCAUCAGUGUUGACGCAGAUAAGAUGGCGCCAAAGCAAAAGAUUAGGAUCAAGCUUAGAUCAUACUGGGUGCCUCUUAUCGAGGACUCAUGCAAGCAGAUACUUGAUGCUGCCAGAAAUACCAAUGCUAAGACGAUGGGUCCUGUUCCAUUGCCAACCAAGAAGCGUAUCUACUGUGUUCUCAAGUCUCCUCACGUUCACAAGGAUGCUAGGUUCCAUUUCGAAAUCCGGACACACCAGCGCAUGAUAGAUAUUCUCUACCCGACUGCUCAAACUAUCGAUUCUUUGAUGCAACUUGAUCUUCCUGCUGGUGUUGAUGUCGAAGUGAAGCUCUGAUGAACAAACAUAACUCCAUUAUGAGGUGAUGGGCGUUUUGCAAUGAAUGAAUUAGACUGUUUCAGAUCAACCACAUUGCUAGAGAACUGGUAAGCCUUGUUUUAAUAUUUUUGAGAGCCUCUGUAAUGAAAAAAAUGUAAGUUGUAUUAUCUGGUCCCUAGCAAAGUUGGAAUCUUUAGCGAUGCUUGGUUCUUAGUUGAUGAACAUAUCUCUUCAAUUAAGCAAGUUCAAAAGGAAUUUGUUUUUGUUUUACUAAUUGUUAUGCAGUCGUUGUUAUGAUGAAAUUUGUUUUCUUUA